UGAAAAAGUGUUCAUAGUUCAUGCAUGAGGUAAUAAAGUAUGUCUAACAAUAACAUUGUCCUUUGAAAAGAAAACUAAAGAAGUACCCUGGUUGUACAGUAUUUCAUUUUUAUUAUUUUUCUUUCUUCCCAUUUCUUAUUCUCUAUAUGUAAUAUAGUACGUCACACGGAAAUUCAUUGCAUAACUAUAAAAGAGACGUACAACUGAAAAAUCCAAAACAAAGGCAGCAACAAGCAACAACCUCACCAAACACACCAUUUCCUCACGGCAUUGCAUAAAGCGAACUUCACACUGCAACCAUCUUGUGCUUGCUUUUCUAAUAUAUUUAGUAUUUACACAAACCUCUGCAUUUCUUCGCCACGGACAAUUCAGUUCCAAGAAGGAGACCCGGGAGCAGCAGGAGGGUAAUAUCACUUGUGAUAGUGACCCGACCCGGGAAGGGCAGCCAGAUUUUUUUUUUGAGGUGGCAUGGGGGACCAUGAAAAGUGAAAAACAAACACCAGCAGUUUUGGGCAUUACAUUGAAUUCUGAUGAUGUGAUGACAGCUUUCCAAUUUUGGCAUUUGCAUGGACCCCCUUCACAAAAAGACGAACCAUUCGCAUGGCCAUCUCUCUCCUUAUCCUCCCCACACUCGUCCAUUCCUCACCACCAAACCCUAACUAACCCUUGACAGAUCAUGGCGAGAAGGGUUGUGAGAGGGGGAGAUGAUCCAAGUAGUGGAGGAGGAGUGGGUCGACUCGCAUUGAGAGAGGAGAGUGGUACACUGAAACUAAUCCUUUCUGUGAGGUGAUACAAAGAAGGAAUGUUCUUCUCCGAUGACUAAUCCUCUUUGCUCAAGGACCCUUUUCCUCCAUUACCGCUGCUUUUUCUCUUCCAUGUUUUCUUCUCAAGAGAAAAAAAAAAUGGUCAGUGCAUGAGCAGUGAAGCUGAAACAAGGGAAUAAAUCAGAAGGGAAGUACUGGGUUUUUGUCAAGAUGGAUUAUGAUAAGGCACCUGCAUCCUCGGCUCCUCUAUUGUGCUAUGCCAAUAAUCUAUCCAAAUCAAAAGAAAGUAUUAAUAAGGAUUUACUGGGCCAGGAAGAAGAUUCCCAGUUCUCCCAACAUCAACUAACCUGGCGACCAACCCUUUCAGAGGUGUUUGAAGAGAUCAAGCAGCUUUAUUCCAUAGCUUUACCCAUGAUUAUCACGGGCCUGCUCAUCUAUGGGAAAUCAGCGAUAUCGAUGUUGUUCAUGGGGAGACUAGGGAAGGAGGCAUUGGCAGGUGGGUCUCUCUCAAUUGGCUUUGCUAACAUCACCGGCUACUCUGUCAUCUCUGGCCUUGCCAUGGGCAUGGAAGCCAUCUCCUCUCAAGCCUGCGGAGCCAAGCAGUGGCCUCUCAUGGCCCAAACACUACAGCGGACAACUGCAAUUUUGGCUUCUGCUUGCAUACCCAUCUCCCUCUUGUGGCUAAACGUGGAACGCAUCCUUCUAUUUUGCGGCCAAGACCCAACCAUGUCUUCAAUUGCUUCCACCUACCUCGCAUUCUCUCUCCCUGAUCUCCUUUUCCAAUCCCUAAUCAGUCCUCUCAAAAUUUACUUGAGAUCCCAGAACAUCACUCUCCCUCUCAUGAUCAGCGCCUUAUUUUCACUCGCUCUCCACGCCCCCAUCAACUACUUCCUCGUCUACCAUCUCGGCCUCGGCAUUCGAGGCGUGGCCAUGGCCGUGGCUGUAACAGACCUCAAUCUCCUCGCAAUACUCCUUCUCUACCUCUGCUUUUCCGGGACAUAUAGAAAAUCAUGGCAAGGCUGGUCGCUCAGGUGCUGCUUUGAUGAGUGGAAGCCAAUUCUUAUGCUGGCCAUCCCCAGUUGCAUAUCAGUCUGCUUAGAGUGGUGGUGGUACGAGCUGAUGAUAGUCCUUUCAGGGCUGUUAUGGGACGCGGCCGAGGCAGUGGCCGCCAUGGGAAUUCUCAUACAAGCAACUUCACUUGUCUACAUCUUCCCUUCCUCACUGAGCCUUGCCGUGUCAACACGUGUCGGGAACAUGCUAGGCGCAAACCAACCUGGCAAAGCCAAAGUCUCAGCUCUCGUUGCACUCUCCUGUGCCAUCUUCACCAGCUUCAUCGCCAUGUCAUUCAUGACAACCAUGAGAAACGCUUGGGGACAGGCUUUCUCUGCAGACAAAGCCAUUGUAUCCUUAACGGCCAUGACAAUGCCGGUGGUGGGGCUCUGUGAGCUUGGGAACUGCCCACAGACCACUGGCUGUGGGGUCCUGAGGGGCAGUGCCAGGCCCACUCUUGGCGCCAACAUCAACUUGGGCUCCUUCUACGCUAUUGGUCUGCCCAUUUCAGUGCUAAUGGGCUUUUUCAUGGACAUGGGCUUAUUGGGUCUGUGGUUGGGCCUUGUUGGAGCGCAGACUGUGUGUGCAUUAGUCAUGCUGCUUGUGACUUUGAGAACAGAUUGGGUGGCACAAGCCCACAGAGCCAGAGCGCUCACUGGUAUCUAUAUGGACUGCGAAGUAGGAAGUAAAACCCCCGAAGAAUUAAUACCAGUCAAGCUUGUGGAUUACUAAUUAAAUCAAUUAUGUGUCUUCCUUUCGGCUAUAUGGAAAAAGGCCUAUGUUGUGGUCUGAAAGUUUGUUUGAGGCUGCCAUUUAGGCCCAGGUAUUUGGCCCCUUUUCCUCUCCAUACACUCGAAAUUCAGGCCCAUCGAUCACCUUGAAUAAUUAAAAAACUAAGGUUGAAGGGAAGCCAAAGCCAUGAUUUCUUAGGAAAAAUAUCCAUGUGAUAAACAUUAAACAACUUUUUGUAACAAACAAUCAUCUUGACUUUGAUGACUCAGUUUUAAUUCAAAACUUCCGAUUUUCUCCGUAUCCAAUUCAAAAAGGCAUUCUUACACGGGAAGAAAAGCUUUUAGUCCGGGUUUGAUAUUUUGAAAGAUAUUUACCAGCAUUUUUACUUUUCUUUCAUCUAAAUUCGGCUCCCUUAAUUUGAUCUUUGGAAAGAUUGAGAGAAAAAAAAAUAAAAAAUGCUAGUUUUCCUUUUUCUUUUGUUUGAUGUGAAUACGAGAGACAUGGGUAGAUUAGUGGUCCCGAUUCGUAGUAAGAUGCCACAAGGUCGGUGGAAAUGAUAGAAUAAAGUUACAUAAAACAAAGAAAUAAAUGUAAAGAAGAUGGGAAUAUAAAGGAAGUGCAUGUCAAGUUGUAUUGCUCCGCUAGCAGAUUCGGUUCUCCACCGCACUUCACUCUAAAUUAACAACACCCACACCCACUACUGCACCCUACCACCUUUGGCUUCACAGUAUAGCAGCGAGCGGUGGAGAGAAUAUGGCGAUUAUGUGUUGCAUUCAAGCGCAUCCCAGCGCAGAGAUGACAGUGGAUGAAUUCAAGGCGUGGCUACGCCGCUUCGAUUCCGAUCGCGACGGAAAAAUCAGCCGGGAGGAGCUGCAAGAGGCGCUCUGCAGCCUGCAGGUGUGGUUCGGGUGGUGGAAGGCGAGACAAGGGAUGAAAGAAGCUGAUACCGAUCACAGCGGGCGUAUAGACAAUACCAAGGAAAUGGAAAAGCUGGUGCAAUAUGCCCAACACCAUUUGCAUAUGAAAAUUUCUGAGAACAAUUGGUGAUUGAUUAUUAAUCUGCUCAACCACUGGUUUUAUGAUUUGUGUUUGGGUACGUAAUAUCUGUGGCUUUGAGGGUGGUUUGAUAUAUGUUCUCAUCUUCUUGUGUGAUUUGCGUAUAUAACUUCCCUUCCCCAAAAACAAUCAUAUGUCGUAAGCAUAUGUAACUAAUAAGUAAUAACUAUUGCUUUGAUAUGUAAUAAUAAUGUUUUCAUCAUCAGACCUCACGGUUGAGGUAUUUUCAUGCA